GUGGGUAGAAAAGAAAAUAGUGGUGACUUCAUUCUUGGGUUAAGUUUGUGACUUUGUCAAAAUGCAGAAUAUCCCUCUCAAUCACAGAAUCCCAAACGACACCUAUUAAUUUUAUAAAAUAUGUAUUUAAUUCACAUCAUUUUCCCCAAAAUCCCUAUAAUAAUAUCUUUUCACAGUCAUGCUCAGAUGAAAGUCCUACCUAUGAAGCAAUUGUUUACAUUUUCCGUCAACCAAAAUGCUACAAACGAAACCAGAGAUUCGUAAUUGCACAUUCUCUUUUGUUGUCUCCAGCUCAUAGAAUAUUAUAAACUCAGAUUCAUUCAGAAUUUCAGAUUCACCUUUUUCUUUUCUUCUCUACCUUCUUUUUCCUCUGACAGCUUUUUGCAGAAAGUUGUGAUUUUUCCUUGAAAGAUGGCAUCUUUGAGCAUGAUCCAGAUCAGAACUGGGAAUUGUGCAUCUGGGUUUGGUUUGAAUUGUGCUGGGAAGGUUAAGGUUGGUCCCAGCAGAGUUGGGUUUAAGGUGUUUGCUUCAGAGACUCAGGCUACAGAGCCUGAUCUUAGUGUAACUGUUAAUGGGUUGCGCAUGCCUAACCCCUUUGUUAUUGGGUCAGGUCCACCAGGGACCAAUUACACAGUCAUGAAGAGGGCCUUUGAUGAAGGUUGGGGUGCUGUGAUUGCAAAAACUGUAUCACUUGAUGCGGCAAAAGUUAUAAAUGUAACUCCUCGAUAUGCCCGGCUACGGGCAGGUGCAAAUGGAUCUGCAAAAGGAGAAAUUAUUGGAUGGGAGAACAUAGAACUUAUCAGUGAUAGGCCACUUGAAACUAUGUUGAAAGAAUUCAAGCAAUUAAAAGAAGAGUAUCCAGACAGAAUUCUCAUUGCUUCUAUCAUGGAGGAGUACAAUAAGGCUGCAUGGGAGGAGCUUAUCGAUAGAGUUGAGCAAACUGGAGUUGAUGCAUUUGAAAUAAAUUUCUCAUGUCCUCACGGUAUGCCAGAACGCAAAAUGGGUGCUGCUGUUGGGCAAGAUUGUGCUCUUCUGGAAGAGGUUUGUGGAUGGAUAAACGCUAAAGCCACAAUUCCUGUUUGGGCUAAGAUGACUCCCAACAUAACUGAUAUUUCACAGCCAGCAAGGAUUGCUCUAAGUUCAGGAUGUGAGGGAGUAUCUGCCAUAAAUACAAUCAUGAGCGUCAUGGGAAUCAACCUCAAUACAUUACGUCCCGAGCCUUGCGUUGAGGGGUACUCAACUCCUGGGGGUUAUUCUGCAAGGGCAGUCCAUCCCAUAGCACUUGGGAAGGUGAUGAGCAUUGCAAAGAUGAUGAAGUCAGAGUUUGAUAGUGAGAACUAUACACUUUCUGCCAUUGGUGGUGUUGAGACAGGCGGUGAUGCUGCUGAGUUUAUCCUUCUCGGGGCAAACACUGUUCAGGUGUGCACUGGGGUUAUGAUGCAUGGCUAUGGACUUGUGAAGAAACUAUGUCUUGAGCUUCAAGACUUCAUGAAAAAGCACAAUUUCACAUCCAUAGAAGAUUUCAGAGGGGUUUCUCUUGAGUAUUUUACUACUCACACUGACUUGGUAAGAAGGCAGAAGGAAGCAGUUCAGAAGAGGAAAGCCAUAAAGAAAGGGUUGCAAUCUGACAAAGACUGGACAGGAGAUGGUUUUGUGCAAGAAACUGAAAGCAUGGUUUCAAACUGAAAUAAAAUGUGCAGUUAAAUUAUAUUAGCGUGUUUGGAAAUGGACCAUGGGCAUGGUGUUUCACAUCUUAAUUAAUGUUACUAGUUCUACCUUUUACAUUUCCAAACACAUUUAAGUAACCUUUCAUAUGCAAUUGCAAAUGUUGUCCAAACGUUAAGUAUAACUAUAGACAUUAUGUUUUAUUAUCAAUGAUGGAUAUUAAUCUUUUCCAAAA